CCGAAACCGACUCCUCUCGCUUUCGCCAUGCCAUCGGCGGCGUCCCUGCUCACGGCUGCCCGCCACUCCUCUCGCGCUGCUCGCGCCGCCCGCUCAGCUGCGCGAGCCGCAUCUCGGGCCGUCCGCUCUGCGGCGGCGGCAGCGGCCUCAUCUCGAUCUGCUCGCCCUAGUGCACCUGUUGCGGCCUCCUUCGGUCCGCACUGGGACGGUCUAGGAGGCGAUUCCUGCUCGUACCAGACGUCCUUCAGCGGCAUCGAUCCCUGCUCAGAUCCGGUUUCCCCUGAUCAGUUCAGCGGCGUGUCCUCGCCAGAUGUAAGUGAGCUGGAUCGGAUGAACAGAGAUACAAGUGAACUGGAUUUUGUGGCACAAGAAGCCAAAUUGCAAGAUAAGGUGGAUUUACCGAUACAUGAGGACGACUUGGUUUCAGAUGAAGCUAUGUGGUCCUUGUAUGAGCGCUGGUGCAAGGUUUUCAACCAAGAACGUGACAGUGAUGAGAUGGCGCGCCGAUUCAAAGAAUUCAAGGAAAAUGUUCUGCUUGGGUAUCGUGUGAACAAUUCUGGGCUACCCUAUAAGUUGGAGUUAAAUGAAUUUAUAAUGGGAAGCAAACCUACUCCUGUCGCAUUCGCCAUGCCAUCGGUGGCGUCCCUGCUCGUGCGGGCUGCCCGCGACGCCUCUCGCGCUGCUCGCGCCGCCCGCUCAGCUGCGCGAGCCGCCCGCUUUGCGGCGGCGGCCUCAUCUCAAGCUGCUCGCCCUGGUGCACCUGCCGCGGCCUCCUUCGGUCCGCACUGCAACGUCCUAGGAGGCGAUUCCUGCUCGUACCAGACGUCCUUCAGCGGCAUCGAUCCCUGCUCAGAUCCGGUUUCCCCUGAUCAGUUCAGCGGCGUGUCCUCGCCAGAUGUAAGUGAGCUGGAUCGGAUGAACAAAGAUACAAGUGAGCUGGAUUUUGUGGCACAAGAAGCCAAAUUGCAACAUAAGGUGAAUUUACCGAUACAUGAGGACGACUUGGUUUCAGAUGAAGCUAUGUGGUCCUUGUAUGAGCGCUGGUGCAAGGUUUUCGACGAAGAACGUGACAGUGAUGAGAUGGCGCGCCGAUUCAAAGAAUUCAAGGAAAAUGUUCUGUAUGUGUAUCGUGUGAACAAUUCUGGGCUACCUUAUAAGUCGAAGUUAAAUCAAUUUUCUGAUGGGAAGCUAAGAGAGUUGUGGUAUCCUAGACUUGAUGAUGAUCAAGACUUUAUUGGGUGGUUGCCUGAGUCAAACAUGGGUUUUAAAAUUCCUCAGGAACUUGAAACGGUAUGGGCCAAUAUGAAGGUCUAGGAAUCGGGUGGAUUCCAGCAUCUUUGAAUCAGAAAUAUCAUGGAUCAUUUGGAAUCUUAUUACUAAUAAGUUUUGCCAAGUUAUGCCUAAUAUUUUAACUCAUUGUGCCAGCAGCAAGGGGGUAGAAAUCUCUACACUUUGUUGUGUCAGGUAAACUCAUUUACUGUGUUCAAGGCUCUUGUAUAGGUUGCCAAACUUUUUUUUUUCCUUUGGCUUGUUUGGUUUGGAGGGGAUUGGAAGGGGUUGGGAGGGAUUAAAUCCCCAAGUCAAAAUCCCCCUCAAUCCCCUCCAAUCCCUUUGUGGAGAGGAUUAAUUGAAUAAGCCCUUAGUGAUAAUGGGCGAGAAGGUGGACUGCGGUGUUGACCUAUAUAUCGUGCUACUGAUUUUUUUCUAUCUACAGUUUGAUUUCUGCUAGAGUUGUAGAUAACUUUUCUAAUCCCCAGCUGAAGGCCUAAAUUAUCUUUCCACUGUUGUGAAAA